GCCUCUGCAAGUUCACACACUGCUGGCUUCUAUCUCUCUUGGGCGAGCAGGAGCGUCCGGCUCAGCACGGAGGUCGUGGAGGUCGACGCGGGUGAGGGGCCAUGCUAGAAGCAGAGGGCUGGUAGAGGCCGAGGGGCUGUCCCACACCCUGAGCAGAGAGGAGCCUGGGCCGGGGCCCUGGGAAGCCAUGGAGAGCUUCGUGGAGUCUCUAAACAGGCUGAAGGACAUCCAUGAGAACGAGGUCCUGGGCCUGCAGAACAAGCUUCUGGAACUGAACUCAGAGAGGUGCCGGGACGCCCAGAGGGUGGAGGAGCUCUGUGCCAAGAACCACCAGCUCAGGGAGCAGCAGAAGGCGCUGAAGGAGAACGUGCGGGUGCUGGAGAACAGGCUGCGGGCCGGCCUGUGCGACCGCUGCAUGGUCACCCAGGAGCUGGCUAGGAAGAAGCAGCAGGAGUUUGAGAACUCACUUCUCCAGAACCUGCAGCAUGUCUUCAUCCUCACCAACGAGCUGAGCCGGCUGCAGGAGGAGAAUGAGGCCUUGAAGGAGGAGGUGAAGCGGCUCCAGGGCCCUGGAGACAGGCCCAAAUCCCAGGGCACGGAAGGCGCCUCGGAUCCCCCCUCACCCCUGCGGCUCCCCUCCCUGGGCACCCAGAAGGCCGUCACUGAGAAGCCACCAGGAGGCCACAAGGAGGCCGAGGACGACCACCUAGAAAAGUCUCUGGGGUACGGGACGUCUCCAGUGGCCAAAAUCUCCCCGGGGGCCAACCUGCCUGAGCCACGGGCCCCAGACAUGAGCCCCCAGCGCAUCUCCAACCAGCUGCAUGGGACCAUUGCCGUGGUGCGGCCGGGGUCCCGGGCCUGCUCUGCUGACCAGGGCUCUGCCAAUGAGACACCCCCACUGCCACCUGCCAGAUGUAGCCCACCCAGCCCACCUUGCCCACCUUACGAGAACAGCCUCCCCCUGGACAGCCUCCUGCGGGCUUCCCAGCCCUCCGCCGUGACCUAUGAGUCCCUGAAGCGCUCCCUCCAGGCUGACCGCCUCUGCCUCCUGAACCACCACCUGUCCCUGCACCUUCGGAGGCCCCACAGCAGCCCCCAGGCCUCUGCCACAGCCCCCGGUGGACCCUGGCCCCAAGGCCUGAAGGCCGGGGAGGCAGAGGCCUGGGAGGAGCCGGCCAGCCUCCUGGGCCUGCCGGGCACCCUGGUGGACGUCAGGGACCCGCGGCUAGAGGGGGCACUGCAUCUGCUCCUGGCCCAGCAGUUGCGGGCACGGGGGCGGGUGGGUGGUGCCAGGCUGAGGGGCCUGCCCACCCCAGGCAGGACACCACCUUCCCCAUCAGCGGGCUCUGACUCCGAGGUCCCCCAGGGCCCUGAGGGCAAGGCAGCUGGGGCAGCCCUGCUCAGAGGGCAGCACACACAGCCCACAGCCCCGGGAAGUCCUAGGAGGAAGGAGGCCAUAGCCCCACAGGACUAUGUCCCAGACAAGCCCCUGGACCUCUCAGAGAGGGGCCGGGGCAGGGAUGCCUCCAAGCCCACUGGCCAGCUGGGGUUGCUCAGCCCAACUGCCCACACGCCCAGCCCCACGCUGCCCCAGGGAGCGGAGCCACCUGUCCAGUCUGGGCCCCAGGGACUCAGCAAUGGCACCAAGGAACCCAGAGCACCAGACCCAGGAGAGCACCCCACACCCUCGGACCCCCCACAUCCUCUCCCAGGGCCCCAGCCCAGCCUGCCCUCUUCAGGCCGGAUGGGAGAUGAGGCCAGAGGGAGGCUAAAACUGCCCUCCUGCCUGCAGACGCCUGAUGCUGAUGGCCACCCAGAUAAAGGGCUCAGCCAGGCUGAAGCACAGCGGCCAGAGGCAGACGACCAGGAUAAGCCAGACACCUCAGACAGAGAGGUGGGCCUGAGCUCCGAGUCGGGGGCCACGCCAAGCACGCCAGAGGAGGGCCCCAUGUGCUUCUGCUCCAAGGAACGCAGGCGGGGCCUGCAGCAGAAGAGGAAGCAGGCCCUGGACUCAGACCCAGCAGACCUGUGGGGCGAAGCCUCCAAGAAGCUGUCCCGAGGGAGAAGGAACCCAGGGGAGCCCCUGAUGGCGGCCGAGGAGCCCAGGGGCCUGAGGGACCCAGAGGACAGCAGCCCCUCACCCAGCAACAGCAGCUGGGAGGAGACCUAGCAGGCUGUGCCCGGGGUACCACAGCCUGCCCAAAUGCACUCCCCACCUGACUGCCCAUGGCCAGGACAGCCCACACCACCAGCUCAGCAGCAGCCUAGCACGGGCAAGGGGACUAGGUCCUGGCCCAUGUGCAGAGGGGCUGGGAAGGCUGAGAGGGGGUCUUUGUCUUGUCUUUCAAACCCCUCCAUCUUAAUCCACCUCAGAAAUAACCCUGCCGUCCUACCCUCACCCCAACAUCUGCUCCCUUGGGGAGAGUGGGGGUCCGGGAGGCAUGGGAGGCAGAAAUCGCUCAGGCUCCAGCCCAGCCCUCACCUCCGCUGUGCACAAGCAGCCCCUCCCAGGCUGUGCCCCCUAACUCCUACUGCCCCAGAUUCCUCUGGCAUCGCAGACUCCCCGGGCCCUGCACGCCUGGCCCCCCCUUUCCUAAUGGGGCAUGGAGCUCCGAGAGGCGGUCUUGGGCGCCCCCUCGUGGAAUCCCACACACAGGCACUGGGUGGCAAGUGCAGGGGAGGCUGGAGGGCAGUGGUGCAGUGGAGAGGGUCCCCAGGGUGCUCAGGAGACAAAGCUGUAAAGAAGGAUGGCGUAUGCAGUUGGCAGGGUCGGGGGUCAGCCAGGCCUCCACCUGCCUGGGCAGGUGACUCGAGAGGCUCUUGAAUGCGUCCAGAGACGGGGAGGUCACUCCAUUGCAGGAGGACAGGAUCAAAACCAGCCCCAUUUGCAGAGUUACAGGGACCAGGGUGCCCCCGAGGAGGGACUUGGGGGGGCAACAGAACAGAGAAUGAGCACCAGCAUACGGGACCACACACAGAGCCCCCUCCUCACUGACACUCCUGAGUCCUCAGCUGCACGUCUGCCACUGACCAGUUAGCCAUCUGCAUGACCACAUGGCAGCUCAGAAUCUACCCUCAGCACUUGGGGAUAUUCUGACACUUUAGGAGGGCAUGUCUCGAGUGCCUCCGUGGGAGGAAUGUAAACAGGUUCCUGGGCCCCACCCCAGACCCACUUGAGCCUGGGAAUCUGUAUUUUAAGAAGCUCCCAGGGGCAAUUCCCCUGGACAUGAAGUUUGAGAACUGCUCCUUGCAGGGCAAAGGUAGGACAUGGGGCAAUGACUGGGCUGGGUGAGGCCUGGAGCAAACUGGGAGUGCAGGCCUGACUAAGGAGAGCAAUGGUCCCCCGCUUGCUCACUGCAGCCUGUCUGCCUGCUGGCUCGAGGGGCCAGAGGGACUAAAUUCCCAAGAGAGAAGUGUAGGGGUGUGUGUGCAUGUGAAACUUCCCAGCUGUUAACAGUUGCUUUGAUUUUUCCGAAAUCAAAUAAAACAGAACCUGUG